AUGCGAGAGCGGCAGCCGCGGCCGCACAACUGGCAGGAGAAUAUCAUGCCAGAUGACGAAGGUGCCGCGCCCGUAUAUAGCCAGAUAAUGUUCCUGAUGGAGCCGCCAGCUCGCCUGGCGUUCUCCAACAGCACGGGCGCCCGGGUCGCCUGCGCAGCACACGGCUCGCCCCCGCCUGUCAUGUCCUGGCUAGGCGAAGAUGGGGCGCCGCUCACUGACAUCCCUGGCUUGAGAGGAGCUCUUCCAAACGGCACACUAUGGCUGGGAGCAUUCAGCGCAGCGCAAUACCGCAGCGACGUCCACGCGGCGACAUACCGCUGUCGCGCGGCGAGCAGCGUUGGUGCGAUUUUGUCGCGAGACAUGCGGGUUGAAGCAGUGAUGGACGAAUCCUGGGAAGUACGCGUGCAAGCGACGCACGGCGUGACCGGCGGCGCUGCGGUCCUAACCUGCGCGGCGUCUGUGCCGGUGCGCGCCCACGUCACGGUCACACGCUGGUACCGCGACGGGGUACCGCUGACGCACGUGUCGGCGGAGGCUGGUGGUCGCUACAUCGUCGCCGGUAGCAAAGGCGACGUCCUCGUGGUUCGAGACGCUAGACCUGACGACACCAGUGCAUACUCCUGCGAAGCUCAACACACGUUGACGGGAGAGAAGAGACGGAGCGCUUCUGCUUUAUUGGCUGUCUCACAUGCCUCCGGAAGCAUGGCACCACGAAUGCUGAUGAUAUCAGAGGAUGAGACCGUGGUGCAGGGAGGAGACAUUCGACUAGUAUGCUGCGCUAUUGGAAGCCCACCUCCAACAUACAGCUGGUUCCGUCACAGUAACGGCCGUCUUAGCCCCGUAUCAAACAGCAUCCGAAUAUCCGUGUCCGACCAAGUACUGAUCAUCCGUCGGGCGCAGCCGGCGGACGCUGGUGUGUGGACGUGCCGCGCCCACAAUCAGUAUGGGGAGCAGAAGCACUUUGGGUGGUGA